UAGGCCGAAAUGGGGGUGCUGUCAAUUCGAUUGAAACCCAAUUUUUUGGGUUUAUUGCGAUCUUUGAACAGUAUAAACUGGUUUAUUGUGUUUUUUAGCUUAAUUAACCUAUCCGAAUGUAUUUACGAAGAUCAAAUCGGCAAAUUUGACUGGCGUCAAACCUAUGUCGGGAGGAUCAAGUUUUCUCAAUUCGACACAGUUUCGACAGCGAAGAAAAUCAUUGUUGCGACCGAAGAGAAUGUACUGGCUGCUUUGAAUUUGAAGACAGGUCAAGUGGUAUGGCGUCAUGUAUUUGAGUCGGCAUCUCCAGGAAAUAUCCAGUUACUCCAUGUCAGUGAUAAAGUGGUGACAGUGACUGGAGCUAACCCAUACUUAGUGCGGGGAUGGGAUUCUAAUACUGGUAUUCUGCUCUGGGAAUGGUCCCUGACACUCCAGAAUGAUGACCAGGCAGAGUUCUCCGAGUGGUGGGUGCAGAACAAUAUGCUGGUGCACAUGUUGCCAGUGUUGGGCUCGCAGAUCGAGGUUUCUAUGUACAACUUGAUGACGGGACAGAAUAGAGGGUCCACUUCCAAGUUGCCAGCACUAUGGACUAAUGAAGGUUGCCUCCUAGCCGCGCCGCAUUACGUCUGUGCCUCAGGAAAAAUGGGUAGCAAUCUCCUCAUCUCGCUGGAUGUCACCUCCCAAGCCGUUCAGAUCAUCAGCAAGCCCGUCUCCAACUACAUUGACAUUGAGAAGUAUUCCGGCAACAUCCGACCCUUGGACGGCAACAGUGUGCUGCCCGGUUUUAUACUUGAAGACUCCAAGAUAGUCCUGAUCAAAGACCAUGAGUUUGAGGUGCUGAAUUUGCCACUUGGUCAUCCUUUGGCAAGUGUGGCAAUUGUAGAUGGACCUAGUGGAUCAAUAGUACUACAAGUUUGGGAUGACAGUGUUAAGGGUCUAUCGAUGUGUGCGCACUCGCUCUCCGGCGCCGAAAUAGCGGGAGUGCGCGCGGAGCCGGGCGCGCACGUGCCGGAGCCGACGCUGGCCGGCGCGCUGUGCGCGCGCGGCGCGCGCGAGCAGCUCGCCUGCCGCCUGCUGCUCGCCGCCGAGGACGACGCCGCGCUGCUCGUGCAGCAAGGAGGUCGCGUGCUGUGGGCGCGCGAGGAGGCGCUCGCGAACGUGGUGGCGGCGCAGUUCGUCGACCUGCCAGUCUCAGACCUCGACGCAGCCAUCGAAGCCGAGUUCGACCAGAAGGAAGCUGCCAAGAUGUAUGGUUCAGUAUGGGGCGCGUUCACUCGCCGCCUGCGCACACAGUACCAGCAGCUGCAGACGCUGCUGCGCGGGCUGAGCGGCGAGCGCGCCACGAGCGAGCCCUCGCCGCUCGUGCGCGAUUACUUCAACCUGCACAAGGUCAUCGUGCUGGUGACCCGCGCGGGCAAGAUAUUCGGCAUGGACAACCUGUCGGGCGCGCUGCUGUGGCAGCGCUACGAGCCGCAGCUGGACGCGGACGGCGCCCGCAUGUUCCUGCGGCGCGCCGCGCGCCACCCGCCGCACGACGCGUGCCUCACUAUUGUUGGCAGGCAGGCGGAUAAUGGCAACGGGCUGGUGAUCAACUUGAAUCCGAUCCGCGGCACCCCGACGGGCGAGGGCACAGUGCCGCUGGACUCGCGGCUGCUGCAGGCCGCCGUGCUGCCGCAGCCCGACGGCGACGGGCUGCACGCGCUGCUGCUGCUCGACGCCGACGAGACGGUGCAGAUUUUCCCGCUGUCGGCCGCGCCGCUAGUCGAGAACAUGUUUAUCUACGUUGCCGAUAGAAGCACGGCCAAGGUUCAGGGCUACGCCCUCAGAUAUGACGGAAAGACUGUAGUAGCGGAAAAGACGUGGUCGUUGAACCUCGGCGGGUCCGAAGGUUCCGGACACCGUAUCGUGUCGGCGGUCGGCAAGCGGCCCGACGAGCGAGUACACUCGCCCGGACGAGUACUAGGAGAUCGCUCCGUGUUGUACAAAUACUCCAAUCCUAAUCUCGUGCUGUUCAUCUCGGAAGGCCCUGACCCACUGCACAAGGACGUAGUGGUGGCGACGCUAGUGGACGGCGUGUCGGGCGCCGUGGUGGCAGCGCAGACGCAGCGGCGCGCUCGCGCUGAGCCGCUCGCCGUGCACUCGGACAACUUCGUCGCAUACGUGUACUACAGCGACCGGCAGCGGCGCUACGAAGUCUCGACUAUGGAGCUGUACGAGGGCAAGCAGCGCUGGCUGCCGGCGGGCGCGGCGUUCAGCUCGCUGCGGUCGGAGCGCGCGCCGUCGGUGGAACGGCAGACCUACAUCCUGACUGCUGCACCCACCGCCGCUGCGACCACGCACACCGAGCGCUCGCUCACCGACAAGCACGUGCUGCUGGCAUUAUCGACGGGCGCGAUAGUGGAGCUGCCCUGGGCGUUCCUCGAGCCGCGGCGGACGGCCACGCCGACGGCCGAGCAGCGCGAGGAGGGGCUCAUCCCCUACGCGCCCGAGCUGCCGCUGCCCGCCGAGGCCGUCGUCAACUACAACCGCUCGCUGCACCGCGUCAGCGCGCUCUACACCGAGGCUGCGGGCAUCGAGAGCACCAGCUUAGUGCUGGCCACUGGACUCGAUCUGUUCUACACACGAGUGGCGCCCUCAAAAACAUUUGAUCUCCUGAAGGACGACUUCGACUACUAUCUGAUCACGCUGGUGCUCGCCGGCCUCAUUGUCGCCACCUACAGUUCCAAGUACUUCGCCUCGCGGAAAACCUUAAAGAACGCGUGGAAGUGAUGUGUUCAAUAAGUUUUGACUGUAUAGCUGGAGCGUUAUCAAAUUUUAAUGAUAGUAGGUACUGAUACAGUAGAGAACCAGUAGUACCUCUUCUAACAAACGUACGCGGCGCUCAUAAAUACAUACCGCGCGGCGUACAUUUGUUGAGAAAAAAUAUUACUGGACUUAUAAUGUGGUAUUGAUUCGAAUUUUGAGCGCCCGUAUUGAUUAUUCUUUACGGAGCUCAAAUAAUUGGGACUGAAUGCGUGGAAAUAUCAGAUAGGGUCAGGUUAGUAGGUGUUAUCCUAGUGAUACAUCCGCGGGUAGUUUGUAAGAUGUAAACUACUCAAGGUUUAUCUGUUUGUUACCCAGUAAUAGUAAGUAAAUUGACUUUGCACCUGCAAAGCCAAGCAGUU